UCUAUACAAUUUUUAUUUGUGAAGGGUAGAUAACCACAAAUUCUCUGAAAUCCUCGGAUCAAUAUUCUCUGAGAUUAUCGGAUCAAUACACUUGCCACUAUUUUCUCACUUGUCCUAAGUCCUGACAUCCAGAGCCUGAGCGUAUCCACCAGUAACGAGGCAUGUGACUGUUGGUGCUGUUUGAUAGUUGAUAGAGCUGCACGCUGUGUUUGAUAAAAAUAUACAAUGUAGUCAGCACAGCCUACGAUCCCCCAGUUGCUGGCUGUCCUCUUUGCUGGUUAUCGAGAGGUUCAACUGUGAUAUCUACGAGGCUUUGCAGAACAGUUAUAGCGACAGAACCAUCUGAAUCUUAUAGUUAUAAGUUGCUCGUUCUUGAAGUACCAAAAGUCCAAAAUUACAUUCGUCUUCUCCCUGUGAGUACAUAUUAAAUAUAUCUUGAAAAAUAUAGAGUAUGCCAAAAUCACUUGCCAUGAACUUUAAGACUGCCUCUAGGUUCCUUAGAAGGUACAAACUAAUAAGACUUUCGCUUUUUAUGUUGGCCAAUGGGCAUAAAGAAUGGCAAGCAUCAUUGAACUCCAUUUUCCUCUUGUUUGCGGGAUGAAAUUUACUUUAGUUAGUCCAGAAGCGGAUUUGUUCACAGUUUGUUAGAUGCUUGGUCGUUUUUCUCCGGAGCCGAGUUGGUUUUGGUCACAAUUUACAAGGGUUGGUCACAGUUGGUUUUGUUCACUUGUGGAGCUAGGGUAGUAAUUUCUUGGUCGCUUGUGGAGCUGGGUUAGUCACUCUCUCUUAGUGCACUCUUGUUUGGGUUGUGGUUAAGGGCGCAGACUUGGCGAUAGGUAGUAGGUGUUUCUUGUGCUUUGCGAUGCCUUGUAACCACCUUGGCUUAUGGUGGUAGGUCCUGUGUGACCUCCUGUGUGAGCUUUGCUGCUUGCGCUCCGAGGCUCUUCACAAUGCUGUGUCGUUGUACAAUUUCUUCAUCCACUUAAUGAAACACAAGCUCAGGAACGAUCUUGAAAAAAAAUUAAUUCCUUUUCCCUCUUAAGCACAACAACUGUAAAACGCCAAGUACUAUUAUUGGAACAUCAUUUUGAGCUGGCCUAAUCAUGUGAAGCAUGCAUAUUCAUGUGAGAAGAAUGUAAAAAGUGGUCAGUCUUUUUAGCCUAAUGUGAAUAAGCAGGUUUGGAGCCUAGUGGAGGCGAACCUGGCCUCAGCAACAUCCCCCCUCCCUCUCUCCGCAUAGUGCUUGCAAUUGGCAGGAACCCUAGACUUACUUACCGGACAUGCAGAACAGCGCCAGGGCAGCCCCUCACAUGGCAGCAAUUGAGGGAAGAAUCAACUACUACUGACGAAGAGGACAUCUGGUGUCAUAUACAUUCCCUAAUGCCAAUGCGUGCUGCUGCUCGUGCUGCUUGCCUUUCUCGUGCCUUUCAACGUUCCUGGAGAUGUUAUCCCAACCUCACCUUGACUUGGCCAAUGCUUCGCCCGAAGCUACGUUCAGAAGAGCUCACGUGGAAUAUCGACAGGAUUCUGAGAAACCACUUGGGCAUUGGCUUGAAGACAUUGGAGCUUAAUUUAGGUGGUGAAUACAGUACCUUUUCUUAUGUUGACAGUUGGCUCCAGGCUGCUGUUACACCAGGGAUUGAAAACCUCAACCUUAUGCUAUAUAAAAAGUAUAACUUCCCAUGCUCCCUUUUUUCUGAUGGUGUUAGAAAGUCAAUUCGGGAUCUUCAACUUCACACCUGUGUUUUUCGUCCCACAUCUGAACUUGGCCCUUUGAGAAGACUUACAAGCCUGGGUCUGAGUUCGGUUCGUAUCACAGGGGAUGAAUUAGAGUGCCUUCUUUUUAACUCCCUUGCUUUGGAGCAGUUGGACCUCUAUAGUUGCAAGGAGAUCAUUUUCCUGAAGAUACCUUGUGUGCUGCAGCAGCUCAGCCACCUGACUGUUGUUGGUUGCUAUAGGUUGCAGGUGAUAGAAUGCAAAGCUCCAAAUCUCUCGUAUAUGGAAUAUUCCGGAGAAAAGGUAAAUCUAUCACUUGUACACUCAUUGAAAAUGAAGAGAUUGGACAUGCACCAUCCGGAUGUGAUCUGUUAUGCUCGUGCUGAGCUUCCAUCCAUUAUGCCAAAUCUCGAGACUCUUGAAAUUGGUUCAGAAAUUGAGGUGGUUAAUACGCCAAUGUUGCUUACCAAAUUCCUCUACCUCAAGCAUCUAACCAUUCAGAUUGGGGUCAAGACCUUCCCCCAACCAUAUGAUUAUUUUUCUCUGGUUUCUUUCUUUGUUUCAUCUCCUUCCUUGGAGACUUUGCUCUUGGAGGCAGCUCCGGAUGAUGUGAAGCAUGAAUCGGUUUUUGGAAGUUCCUCAGAUUUGAGGCAGCUGCCUGAACACCAACACAACUGCCUCAAGAUUGUGGAGAUCAGAGGGUUUAGCUCUGCAAAGAGCUUGGUUGAGCUAACAUGUUGCAUUGUCAAGAACGCAGUCUCACUUGAGCGUCUUAUAUUGGACAUCCUUCCUUAUCCUGAGAGGUGCUUUGGGGAAGCUAAUAUAACUUGCUGGCCCAUUAGCAAUGCUGCGCUCGAGGAAGCAUCUAGAAUGGUGGCGGCGAUAAAAAUGUAUAUUGAAGAUAAAGUUGCACCUACAACUGAGCUGAUUGUUCUGGAGCCUUGCGCACGGUGCCAUCCCCGUUGACGGUACUGCAGAUCAAAUAGCAGCCCGUAAAAUGCUGAUGUCUGGAGGGUGGUAGAUGGCGUAAGCUAUCGCGAUUGUGCCAUGUGUGACCGUUUUAAUUUAAUCUUAAUGAACUAUGCUUUUUUUAUUGGAUAAGUUAUGUUAAGUGUAUAUGUAUUCUCACUUCAAGUUCGGUUGAUGUCGUAAUUUAUUGUAAUUGCACCAUGUGUACUUGUUUAAUGAACCACGCCUUGGUUA